GUGCCCCAACGUAAAAGAAAAGGACAAAAAAAGCCCGAGUGGAGCCCCACUACGUCGAAACCACUCUGCUCCUACGUGGACAGUACGAAAAUCGGUGCGACACGGAUUACAACUGCUGUCGCUGAUACGCUUUAUCGUUUUAGUCAUUGUUCUGCCCUAGUUUAAUCUUGUUUAAUAUUAAGCGAGUGAUUACUAAACGCAGUGCACGCAAUUCAAGGAGUUAAUUGUUGGAAUUAAACCAAAACCAUGAUGAAGCGACGCGGUGGGCAAGCCUGGCUGCUGCCGUUGUCACUGGUGUUGUUAGCGGGGCUUAUUAACGCUUCAGCGACAACGAGUCCCACGACAACGGAAGUGGAAAGGACCACCCCAACGGCCGUAAAAACCACAGUGAAACCCGAGAUCACGGUGUCUCCACAACCGGUGACCAGUCAACCGGAAGUCGCUGUCAAAGCAGCGUCAACGGACAAGCUGUCGUUCGACGCAGCCAAUCAUGAGGAUAAAUUGUCAGUUCUCACCAAACCUGUGAUCAACCCUAAGGAGAUGUUGCUCCAGGAGAUCAACACGUUGAAUGACGAGGCGGAGAGCGAUAAGAAGCUCCAGAACGAGCUGGCCAAGGCGCUGAAUGUCGCCGCCCAGAAAGUCCGGGCAGAGCCUCGUCCUAGCACAACGCCAACUCCUCCAACUCCAAAGCCAACGACAAUGGCCGAGGGUAAAGCAAUGCAGGAACUCGUCGAGGCUGAGACUGAUGUUGCUUACGACGAUGAUGAGGAUGAUUUGGAUGAUGAUGAUGACGAUGAUGAUGAGUACGAUGACGACGACGAUGAUAUCGAGGAUGAGGAGGAGAUUAUGACGCAGUGCCCUGAUUACUGUAGGUGUGCUGGACAGUACGCCGCUGCUACCACUGCCAGAUGCAGCAAACUGGUGGACAAGCAGGUAUUCGGCCCUGGUAUCGCCCACUUGCGAAUAGAAAAUGCAGGCGAGAUCCAGCUAGGCCCCCACGCACUGCGCGCGCGAGGUCUCCAGCAGCUUGAGUCCAUAACAAUCGUGGACACUCGCAUCUCCCUAAUGGACAGAACAGCCUUCGACGGAAUUCCGUACCUCUUCGCUGUCAACCUGAGUCGCAAUGGCAUCAUCGACAUCCACCCCGACACAUUCCAAAACAACACUCAACUCUCGCUGCUCACCAUUUCGGGUCACCCCUUCUGGAGGAACUGGACAGUGACCAAGGACUACUUCCUGGACGCCCAGAGUGUCACAGAGCUCGACUUCUCCUGGAACUCAAUGCCAGAUCUGCCCCCCUCAGCCUUCCAGAAAAUGCCAAACUUGGUCUACCUGAAUCUCAAGCAGAAUCGUUUGGGCAAGGUCGAGAAGGAAAUCUUCGACCCCAUGGACUCCCUCCUGGAGCUGGACCUGUCCGGGAACAUGCUGGACGAUCUGCCGAGAGACAUCUUCAAGGACAAGGGCCUGCAGACCCUGAGGAUCUCAGACAACGCGUUCACAUCAUUGGCAAAAAUUAAUGCUUCAAAAUUAACGUCUCUGCAUGCUUCUAGCAAUAAGAUCCAGGCGAUCGGCAAGGACGACCUUGCUGGGGUUCCAUCGCUCGAUAAACUGGUGGUGUCCUUCAACUCCAUGAAGAGAAUUCAUCCCCACGCAUUUGCUCACCUGGAUCAGCUCAAUUAUCUGGACAUAAGCGACAACAAAUUGACUUCGAUUAAUGAACACCAUUUGAAGAACAAUCACAGACUGCAGAUUCUGCUGAUGAGUGAUAACCCAGGGCUCAGGGCACUCCCUGUCUUCAAGAUGAAUGGCUUGGAGUACGACACGUACAGCGUUUACAGGCUUGAGGCUGCCAACUGUGGACUGGAGUACCUGAAACCUGGGACUUUUGAUACAAUGCCAGCUUUGACGAGCCUCAAUCUGGCUAGGAAUAAGCUCACUGGGCUGCCCAAGGGGCUCCUGGAGGGUCUCAGCUCGCUGAGGGAGCUCGAUCUGUCGCUGAAUCUUAUCAGUGUUGUUCCAGCUGGCAUGCUGCGUGGGGCUACCACCUUGGGGAAGCUCAAUCUGGCCGGGAAUCCUCUGGUGACUCUACAGGUCACGCCGUUCUUGCAGGCCCCGGGACUUUCUAGGCUGGAUGUCAGCAAGUGCCAGCUGAGGAGGAUCUGGAGCGAGGCCAGACAACCACUCAAGUCUAUCAGAUUCCUGUCAGUUCGUGGUAAUCAACUGGAGAGAAUAACGGUAGAGGAGUUGAAGGCAAUGCCAAAGUUAUCUGGCCUUGAUGCCUCCAUGAAUCCAAUGGUCUGUGACAAUGAGUUCAAUGAUGCCAUUCAAUGGCUGAUCAGCCACGGUGUGACGCCAAUGGAGACUCUCAAGUACAUCAGCAACAUCAAGAAUGACGAGGAGUACGCUGAGACUGAGGGCGUCACUGAAUGGAGCGAUCUAGCUAAGACUGUCUGCAGCGAUGAGUUCGAUGGGCCACCCUCGAGGUUGCCGAAGAAACCAGCUGUACUUGUGCCAAUUGAUAAUCGACUUCCUGAUUACACUGACGACGAGGAGAAUUCUGAACUCUCCAAGGAGGACUUGGAAGCUGAUAUUGCUAAACUUAAUGCUCUCGAUCAUGGACAGAAAGUUGAUGAGCGCAUUGAUGAAGCCUACAACGAUCUCGACAAGGCCGAGAAGUACUACGGUGAAUGGUACGAAUCAGGAGAGAGCCAUGCCUGGUACGACGGUGUCUUCUGGCCAGUGUUGAUCUUCGGCUUCGUCACCCUGGCAAUUCUCCUCAUAGUCAUCCAAUUCGCACGAUUCCUCGCAAAGGGGCGUGGCCGUGGUCCAGUGAUCAGACCACCUCUCCUUCUUCGCCAGGGUCUCGUCGACAAUAAGAACUGCGGCCUCGUGUACAAACCCCUUCAGGAGGAAAUUCCAACUCCCCACAUGCCAAAACGCGGCAGCUUCUAUUCCAGCAGUACCUUCCAUUACGAUAAAAUCGUACCAGAGAGCGUUUAACAACUUCAACUGAGAUAAUUAAUCGAGAAAUUCGAAUUUUACUUAAUUUUACAUUUUAUUAUCAGAGAAUUUAAUUUUAGUUCCUAAUUCAUUACGAGAAAGUUAAUAUUAUUUUUAACUGUUUUGUUUAGCCGAUGGAACAAAACGGGAUAAAGAGUGAAUUAUUGAACUGGAUGAGUCAUUUGUUGUGACGAAGGGGUAAUUUUUGUCGAAUGGUAUAGGAAUGAGUGAGAUUGUUUUGAGAAUAUCUUUUGAGUUGAGGGAUUACGUGGAUUACAGAGAAUACCUUUUAGUUUGUUUCGAAACCCAGUUAUUUUCUUAAUAUUCACGAAAUCAUCUGGAAGACACUUUCGACUGUAUCUUAUCCAUCAUUUUUUUUUACAAAAAUGGGAGAAAAGAAAAAUUUAAGAAAAUUGUUUUUUCUUUGGCAGGAAGUGAAAUUUUGUUACAUGUGUUUUUACUUAUCGAGACUUCAGUUUGGGAAAACAACAAAUGAGUUAUCACAACAGAGAGAACUGUAUGUAAACGUGCCUUACUUAAAAACAAUAAUAUUAUUAUAUGGUACAGUAAUUUUGUACUAAACAAGUAUUCGAUGGUCAUUCGAUCAGCGUUAAAGCGUUUACUUUUAAUAAAAGCAUAGAAAAUAUUCUGAAAUACUUAAGCUUAAUCCGUCGUAUCAGAUUUACGUUAUCUGCUUCACAUUAUCCGCUGUAAAUAAUUAUGAGUAAUAAUAACUUUAAUGAAAAUUAUAUAUUUUAAGAUAUGAUA